AUGGUGAUACGUAUUAUUAACAGUCUUUUAGGAGUUUUAACUCGACCCUAUAUUUAUCUACAACAAGUUAUUCUUAUUUCAUUUCAAUCUUAUUUACCAAUGCAAUUUGAUGAAAAGUCAUGUCGCUAUGUAACAUUACAAGACGCCGAUGAUGAUCCUAUUUAUCAACGUGCACGCUUCUAUUCGAUGCAAAGAAAACAUUCAAAAGAGACUUGA